AGCUCAGUAAGGCAAGGAGAGAGAGAGGAAUGGAGGGGACCAGGCUGGGCAGGGUGCUACCUGUCAGGCUUCUGGUCAUCUCUGUCUUUUACUGCAAUCUCUACUUGACCACUGCUUCGCACUGGAGCAAAGCCCUCUACCCAUCUGCAUACAGAGUGAAGAGAGGGACGCCAGCUUUCAUCAACCCCACCUUCCAGAAGUCUGUAAAGGACAUCAACUUGCUGUACGAGAUCCUGAUAUCUGGUCUUCACCUGGAGGAGGAGGAGGGUUUCUUCAGUGAGGUGGAUAAGGAGCUGGCCUCUCUGCGUCGAGUCCAGACGCUUGAGGUCAUCUGCAAGGACGUGCUUCCCAGGAAGCUGUCAGAGAUCCGGCGCCUGAUCGCUGAGCUGAAGCAUCGCAGCGGCCCUCUCCGUCGGGAGGAUUUCGAACGCACCGUGCUGACCAUGGUCUACGCAGUGCAGAAGCUCACGCACACGCCAGCAGGCUACCAGAGAGACAUGUGGGCCGAGGCCCUGCUGGACCUGGAGCAAGCGGUCAGACAAGACCUCUCACUCAGGUGAGGAGGUCUCUGGAGCUGUAUGGUCAGCAUGCCUCGGGCAGAACAACAUGCCAGUGGAGUCCUGUCCAUCUCUAGCACUCAACAGCUGGGCUGAGCUUUUGGAAUGCCCUCUGAGCCUGUGACAGCAGAAUUGCGGCAAGUUAAACAAGCACAGGUGCUCCAAGUGCACCAAAUAUUUUUUGUCAACUGUAAAUACUUUACCUAAGAUGGCUUAAAACCAGUGUAGCUGUGACUGACCAUGGCAUUUUACACACAAAAGAUGGUACCUUAACUGUAUCUGUAACUGCAAAUACUGCAAAACUGGUUUGUGCUGUAUCAUAAUAGUUUUAAUGUGUAUUAAAUUGCUUUAUUGUUAAA